AUGCAUACCCUUCUACUGUCUCUUCAGAAAUUGGAAGUGUUCGACUGUCCAGAAGUGGAAUCAUAUUACGAUGGAAGCAGAGGCAACACCACAAUACUGUUUCCUAAUCUUCGUGAGCUUGUACUGAGCAGAUGUCCCAAGCUAACUGAGAUAGUACCGUUGGAGAAGCUGCCAAGGCUUGAAAGCGUACAAUUAAGGGACCUGGAAUCCUUCAAUGGUUCACUUGCACAUGUGGAAUCUGAAUGCCCUAAAUUCCUCUCCCUCGUUCGCUUGAAAAUAGAGAUCUGCCCAAAUUUUGUAUGUUUUCCAGAUGGAGGGAUGGAUGCACCCAAAUUGGAGGAGCUGCGUAUCUCUCAAUGCAAGAAAUUGAGGUCACUGCCAGAACAAAUGCAUAUCCUUCUACCGUCUCUUCAACGUUUGAAAGUAUUCGGCUGUCCAGAAGUGGAAUCAUUUCCUCAAGGAGGGUUGCCCUCAAAUUUACAAGGCCUUUCUUUUGAGUGUUAUAGAAAACUCGCUGCAAACCGCUCACUGUGGGGUUUAACAAGACUCAACUCUCUUAGAAAUUUGGAAAUCAGUUUCACUGAAGAAGGUGGAGAAGAAACGGGAUGUUCGUUUCCGGAAGAGGGUUUGCUGCCCGCCACUCUCACUAGUCUCUCCAUCUGCUUUCAUCCAAAUCUUAGAACCAUCCAAGGCAAGGUUUUGAGACAACUCACCUCUCUUGAACACCUCACAAUACAAGGAUGCCCUGAGCUCCAGGGCUUUCCAGAACAAAUGCAUACCCUUAUACCGUCUCUUCAAAAAUUGAGAGUGUUCGGCUGUCCAGAAGUGGAAUCAUUUCCUCAAGGAGGGUUGCCCUCAAAUUUGCAAGACCUUUCUUUUGAGUGUUGUAGAAAACUCGCUGCAAACCGCUCACUGUGGGGUUUAACAAGACUCAACUCUCUUAGAAGGUUGGACAUCAGUUUCACUGAAGAAGGUGGAGAAGAAAUGGGAUGUUCGUUUCCGGAAGAGGGUUUGCUGCCCGCCACUCUCACUAGUCUCUCCAUCCGCUUUCUUCCAAAUCUUACAACCAUCCAAGGCAAGGUUUUGAGACAACUCACCUCUCUUGAAGACCUCACAAUACGACGGUGCCCGGAGCUCCAGGGCUUUCCAGAAGAAGCGCCCAAAUCUCUGAAAAGCUUGACUAUUUGGGAGUGCCCUAAUAUCGGAUGGAGGGAUGGAUGCGCCCAAAUUGGAGGAGCUGCUUAUCUCUCGAUGGAAGAAAUUGAGGUCGUUGCCAGAACAAAUGCAUACCCUUCUACUGUCGCUGUCAAUCGUCUCUCCAUCUACAAUCUUCCGAAUCUUACAACCAUCCAAGGCAAGGUGUUGAGACAACUCACCUCUCUUGAAAACCUCAUAAUAGACGGAUGCCCUGAGCUCCAGUGCUUUCUUGAAGAAGCCCCCAAGUCUCUAAAAGGCUUGACUAUUACGAGAUGCCCUAAACUCGGGUGCUUGCCAGGAGAAUGGCUUCCCACGUCUCUUUCUUAUCUGCAAAUCCAUUUGUGUCCUCUGCUAGAACAACGAUUCCAGAGAGACGGGGGAAGAUUGGCCCAAGGUUGCUCACAUCCCCGCGUGUAUAUAUUAUAG